UCUCGGCUUUAUCUCCGAGGCCGCCUGCCGGCCUGGGAGCCAGUGUUUCUUAGUCGGUCGGGGGACCUUCAGUGUCGCCGCCGCUCUCACCAUGGCUUGGGUCCAAGCUGCGCCACAACCUCUAGGGAGACGUGGGUCCUCGGAGCCACUUUAGUGUCGGACUUAGGGCUGCAGGCAGCUCCGCGGCGGCAGCAGGAGAACAGAACCUCUGGAUGGACCCUUCCUGGGAAGUUUUGCUAAUUUGCAGCAGCUGGACAAUGUUCCUCAUUACUGUCUGUCUGUCAGCAUAAUCAUCACAUAAUUUCACUGUGGUGGCAGGGAUUCAGCUCAGAAUUCUUUAUAGAAAACACCUGGAUCCCAGUCUUUCAAUGGCUUCAAGACAACCAGAAGUACCUGCUCUUGAGCCCAGUGGGCCUCUAGGCAAGAUGUCCCUGCCCAUCGGGAUAUACCGCCGGGCAUUGAGCUAUGAUGAUGCCCUUGAGGACCCUACACCCAUGACUCCUCCUCCAUCCGACAUGGGCAGCAUCCCCUGGAAGCCAGUGAUUCCAGAGCGCAAGUAUCAGCACCUCGCCAAGGUGGAGGAAGGAGAGGCCAGUGUAUCCUCCCCUGCUAUGACUCUGUCAUCAGCCAUUGACAGUACGGAUAAGAUCCCAGUGGUGAAGGCUAAAGCUACCCAUGUCAUCAUGAAUUCUUUGAUCACAAAGCAGACCCAGGAGAGCAUUCAGCGUUUUGAACAACAAGCAGGGCUGAGAGAUGCUGGCUACACACCCCACAAGGGCCUCACCACCGAGGAGAGCAAGUACCUUCGAGUGGCAGAAGCACUUCACAAACUAAAGCUACAGAGUGGAGAGAUAACAAAAGAAGAGAAGCAGCCUGUGUCAGCCCAGUCCACUCCAAGCAGCACCCCUCAUUCUUCACCCAAGCAUAGGCCCAGAGGCUGGUUUACUUCUGGUUCUUCCACAGCUUUACCUGGCCCAAAUCCUAGCACCAUGGAUUCUGGAAGUGGGGAUAAGGACAGAAACCCAUCAGAUAAAUGGAGCUUCUUUGGACCAAGAUCCCUCCAGAAGUAUGAUUCAGGAAGUUUUGCCACCCAGGCCUACCAGGGAGCCCAGAAACCCUCUCCAAUGGAACUGAUCCGAGCCCAGGCCACUAGGAUGGCUGAAGAUCCAGCAAGCUUCAAGCCACCCAAGAUGGACAUCCCAGGGAUGGAAGGGAAGAAACAACCCCCACGGACCCAUAAUCUCAAACCCCGUGACUUGAAUGUGCUCACACCCACUGGCUUCUAGAGCUAUUUCUGUUCCAGGGAUUAUAGAGACCCUCUUCCCUUUUACCUUGGCUCUGACAUAGGAAAGGUAUAUUUAAAAAAAAAAAAUCUUUUAAAUUGAGGCUAUACCUGAAGACUUAAUUGGUUUUUGAGAAACAGUAGUGCAGUUUGCUCUUGCUAUGUGGGAGAAGCCAUUUUGUACUGCUUUAAAGUUAGGUUAAAUCUCAGCACUUGUCUAUGGGGACUUCAUGAUCUAUUUUUGUAUUAUUUACCCUAGACAAGACUGUGAUCAUUGCUUACUGAGACAAUGUUUGUGCUGCUCUAAAAACACAGGCUUCCUGAUCCCUUUACCACUGUCAAUGUGAGCACUGACAAAUCAUGGCAUAGAGAUGCUCACUGACUAGUUCAGACAACUUUAGGCCUCUUGACUGCUGGUGCUGUAUUCAGCCUUGUCAGGUAGGUGGGCCUAACAUCUGUUUGAGACCCAGGUACAGUUAAAAGCUAGACUUGCCAGGGAUCUUUCUUUCCAGGCUGAAACUGGAGUCAUCUUGCAUUUUGGUAGAUCUAAUAGACACUUUGUCCUACAGCUACUUCCUCAUGUAGUACCUCUUGGGCCAGUGCUAAUGGGGGAAUAUUUCUUUUUUAUGCCACAGAACAAACACUAGUCUUGCAUAUGCUGUCUUGUAUUUUAUGUGAGAGUAAUUCCAGUGUGGUUGAAAACUUUCUAAGGGAGAAAAUUCAAUCUACUGGUUUGAUAAAUGGAUGUUAAGAUGGUAACUACAGUUAGUCUUGAGUUCAUGUGAAAGUAGGAUCACCUUAUUUUGAUUUUCUUGUUCAUCAUCAGGUCAGAGCCUAAUACAUUUUUUUGGGGGGGUGGUUAGAGAUGGAAGAAUUCAAAAUUCUUUGUAUGAAAGCAUUUGUCACCAAAAUGAGCCUCAUACCUUUAUGUAGUGGAUACCUUACUGGGGGAAAGGAAAUAUGGAAACUGCGUUUUUAUUUCUCCUCACUGCAUACAUGUUCAGUCACUGUCUUGAACACUAUCUCUCACUUGAUUUGGAUAGUAUUUUAUCAGUACAUAGGAGCUGACCUUUCCAUAGAGCUGUCCUGCAGUCUCAAAUUAUCAGAACAAUUAAUUUAUUUGUGUCUUUUGUCUUUUAUUUUGACAAUAAAAAUCCUUAUAACUUUCUCAAA